AUGAUCGUCGGCCUCGACACUGCCACAAACUUCUCGUUUUACGCCAUCCCCGCAGCUUGGGUCCUGGCUAUUGCCCCUCACUUCUAUGCUGUCGGCCUUCUCAACCUGAAGCACGGCGCAGACAAGCCCGGCUUCGACUUUAGCAACCCGAAGAAGUCGCGUGAGCGCAUCGGCUUGACAGGCCUCAAUGCCGAGCAGCAGGGCCAGUACCUCCGUGCCGAGCAGGCCAACGACAACGGUUUCUUGGGACUUCCCUUCUUCGCUUGUGCCAUCCUCGCAGGUAACCUUGCCCGCCUCCCAGCUCACCAGCUCAACUCUGCUGCUGCCUUUUACCUCGGCACCCGCGUGGCGUUCAACCUUCUCUACGUUUUUGGUAAUAACAGCAGCUUCAGCGUCCUCAACCUGUUCAUCCAGGCCGGUAAGGUGCUGCAAUACACGGACAUCGCUGUCACUGUUGCCUAA